AUGGAUGAAGUUCUUUCAGUAAAAUUCAUUAAGGAAGAGAAUAAUGUAGACAGAGAUUCACUGAGAGUAGAAGGAGAGUUCAUGAGCAGAAUAAUAUUCUCAAACAGGGACAGAACAGAACUAAAAUUAAUCAGUAUGAGGCACUGUAAUGAGAUAACCAUAAAAGGAUCCUUUUCUGGGGCGUAUGGUGACAGUCUCUGGGUACAGAAUGAGCACACAGAUUUAAUAGAGUAUAAGUAUAAGGAGGGACUAUUAAAAAAAGAGAAGAGAGUAGAAGUAAAUGAUACAGCAAGAGUAUUACUGGGUAAGGUAUUUAUACAAAAGAAUGGCCGGUUAAGUGUCCAUGACUUAUUAAUGAACGAGGUGUUUUCAAUGAGAUCGAAUGCCUGCGUACUAUCAGAAACCCAUUUCUUAGUGAAAAGGGAUCAUGAAGUGAUUCUGUAUACAGUAGAAGGACUAACUGAAGUAAGGCGGGUUCCUGUUAAGGAUAAGUAUGAAGUAUUCCUGGUAGGGGAGAGUAUCUUAAUAAUAACGGAAAGUAUCCUUAAAAUAGUAAAGGAUACAGAAAUAACGGUCAAUUUAUCAAUAGAUAUAGAUGAGGACAUGGAUGAGGACGUAGAUGACAUGAUCAGGAAUGAGGGUGACUCUAUUAAUAAUGGGUAUAUUAUAAAGGCCUGUAAGAAUAUAGGACCAAUUGAGUGUAUGUUAAUUAUAGGGCACAGACAGUCCGUGGAUAUAGAGUAUAUUAUAGUAAAUGAGAGUACAGCCCAGAAGUAUCAAUUAGAAGAAGAAUCAGAUGGAUUAUCAGUCCCAUUAAUGCACAGUCUGAUUAACAUGUACGUAUUAGAAUCAACUGUCUUAGAGAGUAUCAAUCAGGAAGACAAAGAGAUCAUACAAGGACCGACCAUUGCAGUAGAAACCAAUUUAAAUGUAUAUUUAUAUGGGAUGGUAUUAGAUGUAUCUGAUCCAUCUAAGUAUAUCAGCACACGCCGCAGUAAAGAGGAUAAAAUAGAAUUAGAUGUGCCCAUAAUAACGUAUAAGGAUUCAGCACAGCCACCAGAAGACUCCCAUUCUGAGCGUAUUUCAGGGCCAUCCGAGGAUGAAGAAUCCUCCACAAGCACGUGUACAGCAACAAAUUCAGAAGAAGAGGAGCACACCCCAUCAGACAUCACUGAUAAAGAAGCAGAGUAUAAGAAAAGUACUUCUGGUUCAAUUACCACGCAUAACAAGGAAGAAGAAAGUUCCUUUUCUACCACAGAGACAGGCACAAACAAAUCAGUUUCACCACUCACUUUAUUAUCACUGUCUAAUUUAGUACCACACACAUCCAGUGAUAAUAAAGUGAGUGAGUCAAGUACUAAUUUAUUCAGUAAGCCAGUGAAUGAGUCAGUGACUGAGCCAGUAAAGGACAAUUCAGUAAGUGAGUCAAGUACUAAUCUAUUCAGUAAGGCAGUGGAUGAUUCUGUUAGUAAUAAGUCCAGUAAUAGUCUAUUCAGUAAGGCAGUGGAUGAUUCUGUUAGUAAUAAGUCCAGUAAUAGUCUAUUCAGUAAGGCAGUGAAUGAGUCAGUGAGUGAUAAUAAGCCUAUGACUAAUUUAUUCAGUAAGGCAGUGACUGAGCCAGUGAGUAAUAAUAAGCCUAUGAGUGAGUCUAUGAGUGAGUCAAGUAAUAGUCUAUUCAGUAAGCCAAUGGAUAAUAGCAAUAAGUCAGUGAGUCAGUCAGUGACUAAUUCAGUGAAGGAUGAUGAGUCUAUGACUAAGCCUAUGACUGAGUCUAUGACUAAUUCAGUGAAGGAUAAUGAGUCUAUGACUAAUUCAGUGACUGAUAAGUCUAAUAAUCCUACAGAAGAAGAUUUUUUAAAUUAUUCUUUAAAGAAUUUAAAUAUAAAAAAUGAAUCUUCUGCUAAAAAAAGAGUUUUAUUAGGCAUUCCUGUUAGGAAUAGUCCAAUGAAUAAAAUAGAAGACAUGAUAAGUGGGUUAGACAAUUCAUUUAAGAAUCCGAUCGUAUCUGUUAAGAAUGAUAUUCAAGAGAUCCGGGAAGUAUCCAGUCGGUGCAAGAGUAUUUUAGAGAGUAUUGAAGUAUUUGAUAUAUCAGAUAAAGAGGUAAGUGUAAAGGAUAUUUUAUCCGGGGUUGAGGAAGCCAUAAUUCUAGUGAAGGAUCAGUUAUCACACUUAACCCAGGAAGUAGAGGACAGGAACCUUGUCCAGGAGAAAGUAAGUGCACUGCUUGUACUGGUACAGUGCAGACUAAACAAGAUGGAAGAGGUAAUAAGUACAUCACCACCGGAUUAUUCCAAGGAGAUAGAGUAUGUUAACACAAGAAUAUCGAAAAUAUUCAACAUAUCCACGUACACCACGGGCAAGUCAGAAGAUCAAGUAUCUCCGAACAGUAUUAGUAUAUACAGCAAGCCAUUAGAGCUGGCGACAGAUCAGGUUCAUAAGAUAGAAGAGAGUAUUAUUCUACCAGCAACCCGGGAGAGCACAAUUUCCAUGCUCACGGAGUGUUUUAAGAAACUACGCAUAAAUCCAGCGCACGUAAGCAGUUCACAGGAUAUUUCUUUAAUAGACAGGAUAUUCAGCACAGAAGCAGAGCAGACAUUCUUAAAGACCAUCCAGACACGGGGCAAUAAUUCUGUGGAGAGUGUCAAUCCAAUCCCUCUUACGGAUUUAUCACAGGCCAGUACGCAAUCAGUCAGUAAUACACCACAGAAGAGUACUUCAACACUCAAUCAGACCAGUCAGACCAGUCAGGCCAGUCAGACGAGUACACCAAGUGGCUCUAUAUUCAGUCAGACGAGUACACCAAGUGGCUCUAUAUUCAGUCAGACCAGUCAGACGAGUACACCCAGUCAGACGAGUACACCAAGUGUCUCUAUAUUCAGUCAGGCCAGUCAGACGAGUACACCAAGUGUCUCUAUAUUCAGUCAGGCCAGUCAGACGAGUACACCAAGGGGUUCAUUAUUCAGUCAGUCAGUGCAGUCUAAUAUGGGAAGUACACCAAGUGGCUCUAUAUUUAGUCAGUCUAAUCAGACGAGUACACCAAGCGGGUCAUUAUUCAGUCAGUCUAAUCAGCCUACUCAACCCAGUCAGGCCAGUACACCAAGUGGUUCUAUAUUCAGUCAGUCUAAUCAGCCUAAUCAGGCUAGUCAGCCAGCCCAGUCUAAUCAGUCUGGUUCUCUGUUUGGCCAGUCUAGUCAGACUACUCCUAAUAGUAGUUCUCUGUUUGGUCAGUCUAAUCAGACUAAUCAGCCUGGUUCAUUAUUCGGUCAGACCAGUACACCAAGUGGCUCUAUAUUCGGCCAGUCUAAUCAGUCUAGUCAGUCUACUCCUAAUCAGGCCAGUCAGACUGGUUCUAUAUUCGGCCAGCCUAAUCAGACCAGUCAGGCCAGUCAGACAGGUUCUCUGUUUAGUCAGCCAGCCCAGUCUAAUCAGUCUACACAGCCUAGUGGCUCUAUAUUCGGCCAGUCUAAUCAGCCUACUCCUAAUCAGCCCAGUAGUUCACUGUUUGGCCAGUCUAAUCAGCCUAAUCAGCCUGGUUCUAUAUUCAGUCAGCCAUCACAGUCUACUUCUGGUGGCUUUAACAGUGGAAUAUUUUCACAGCAGAGUAAUCCGUCCUUUAAUCUGUUACAAAGACAAAGUAACCCAUUCACACAAGGAAAUAGUAAAUUAGGACUGGGUUCAUCAUCAAAUACAUCUUCUUUAUUCAAGAAGCCCCCACAGGAACAAUAA